AAAGGGAACACACCCUUCCAUGUGGAACAGCUCAGCUCAUACUUUUUAUGCAGACACACUGAUCAAGUACUGAACAAUUCAACAUGCAGUACGAGGACAUUUUGAAUCAUAUCGGGCCUUUUGGCAAGUACCAGAAACUGCUGGUGUUUGCCUUGUUUUUGGUUAUUAUUCCAUCUCCAUUUCACUUCAUAGCGCAGGUGUUCCUGGCUGCUAACACCGAUCACUGGUGUGCAGUACCAGCCAGCCAGAUGAUCAACUGCAGCCAACUCCAGCUGGCUGAGUGUCAAGAAGAGCAGAAGAGCUACAGUAUUCCCUAUGAGAUUGAUGAUGAUGGAAACAAAGUCUACUCCUCGUGUGAGCGGUAUGUCAUGAAUGAUGAAGACGUUGGUAGAAACGAGAGUUUGAAUUCAACGGACGUCAUCUCCUGCGAUGCUGGCUGGGAAUUUGAUCACUCACGCUACAAGUCCACCAUCAAUGAAGAUUUCAGCUUGGUCUGUGACAGACAGGAUCAACCUGCCUAUGCCCAGUCAGUUUGGUUUGCGGGAUUACUAGUGGGUUCCUUGGUGUGGGGUUCUGUGGGCGACUGGAUUGGUAGGAGAAAGACUUUCAUCUUGACUGCCAUUCUUGUCACAAUAUCAUCGACUGUUACAUCUUUUGUGCCCAACUUUACUGCCUAUGCUGUCAUGCGCUUCUUUACAGCAGCCUGUGGUUAUGGUGUACAUCUCAUGAUAUAUGUCUUAGCUUCUGAAAUAGUUGAUCCUAAAAAUCGUGUAGCUGCAACAAAUGGGAUUUUUGUUGCCUUUUCUUCGAGUUACAUGCUUCUGUCCCUAUUGGCAUUUCUUCUGAGAGAAUGGCGCCACCUACAGUUAGCUAUAUCACUCCCCUUCGUCCUGACUUUACUUGGGAUCAUUGUGUUCCCUGAAUCUCCUCGCUGGCUUAUAACAAAAGGCAGAUACAAAGAAGCUGCCAAAAUCAUUGAAAAGAUAGCUCAAGUGAAUGGUACCAAGGCUCCAGAAGACUUACUGGACAAACUGAGUGAAGAAAGCAAAGAAGACAAGAAGCAGCCUUCUCGCAUCCCUGUCACCCAACUUGAUCUGAUCCGCACUCCCAACCUACGCAAGAAAACACUCAUCCUUUGGGUUGACUGGUUUGUUGUCAACAUGGUAUUUUACGGAAUAUCUUUGAGUACCUCUGCCUUGGGGGUAGAUGAUUACCUUGCUGCCUUUGUCUCUGGAGCCAUAGAGAUACCUAGUAAUCUUUUCUGUUGGUACGUGAUGAACCGUUUUGGCAGACGCAUUACCCUAGUUGCCUUCUACAUUUUUGGUGGAGUGUUUUGCCUCAUUACAAUCUUCAUUCCUCUUGGAGCUGGCAGAGCUGCAGUAGCCAUGUUCGGCAAAUUUGCAAUCAGUGCAGCGUUCGGUCACAUCUACAUCUACUCUCUUGAAAUCUAUCCAACCAUCAUUCGGAGUAUCGGCAUGGGUACCUCUUCCAUGGUGGCUCGUGUUAGUGGCAUCCUCUGUCCUAUCAUCUUGAUCCUGGGCAAGUACUGGAAACCACUACCUCUCUGUGUUUUUGGAGGAAGCGCCAUCAUUGCUGGAGUCCUGUCUCUGAUGCUCCCAGAGACCGUGGGCUGCAGUCUGCCUGAUACCAUCCAGGACGGAGAGAACUUCGGCAGUAAGUCAUACAAUCAUUUACUCUCCUAUCACUUUUGCUCAUCCUUUGCUUGGUCUGAGCUGGCUGAGUGUCAGGAAGAGCAGAAGAGCUACAGUAUUCCCUAUGAGAUUGAUGAUGAUGGAAACAAAGUCUACUCCUCGUGUGAGCGGUAUGUCAUGAAUGAUGAAGACGUUGGUAGAAACAUAAGUUUUAAUUCAACAGACGUCAUCUCCUGCGAUGCUGGCUGGAAAUUUGAUCACUCGAGCUACAAGUCCACCAUCAAUGAAGAUUUCAGCUUGGUCUGUGACAGACAGGAUCUACCUGCCUUUGCCCAUGCAGCGUUUGGUCACAUCUACAUCUACACUCUUGAAAUCUAUCCAACCAUCAUCCGGAGUAUCGGCAUGGGUACAUCUUCCAUGAUGGCUCGUGUUAGUGGCAUCCUCUGUCCUAUCAUCUUGAUCCUGGGCAAGUACUGGGAACCACUACCUCUCUGUGUCUUUGGAGGAAGUGCCAUCAUCGCUGGAGUCCUGUCUCUGAUGCUUCCAGAGACCAUGGGAUACAGUCUGCCUGAUACCAUUCAGGAUGGAGAGAACUUCAGCAAGGGAAGAAGCUUCCAGCUUUGCGUCAAGGGCAAUGAUGAUGUAGAGAAUGAAAGUCCCACUCAAGCUCCCAUCGACUACCUGCCACUAUCCACAAUGGAUCAAACUCCCAAGCAACCUGUGGAUGUCUGA